AUGAGAAUUGCAAACUGGGAAGUGGAUAGGAUAUUGAUAGAUGGAGGCAGCUCAGCCAACAUCAUAUACAUCAGCGCGUUUAACGAGCUGAAGUUGGACAAGAAGGAUCUGCAGAGGGUGAGUUACGAAGUCACCGGGUUUAAUGGAUCGGGACUAACCCCGGAAGGUAUAAUCGAGCUCUCAGUCCGGGUGGGUGAGAGAUCAAGAAGGCGUGAUGUUCGAGUAGAAUUCCUUGUGAUAAACUCCCCUUCACCCUACAAUGUGAUCAUGGGAAGACCACUCAUCCACAAGAUAGGCGGAGUGGUAUCCACCUAUCACCUUGCCAUGGCCUACACAACUAAUGAGGGAUGGUCAGCAAAGCUUAGGGGAAGUCAGAAGACAGCUCAACAAUGUUACAUAACUGCCCUAAAGUAG